AUGGUUCUGGAAUUUCGCUAUUUUAGCCCUGCAUGUCCAGAAGAAUUCGAUUGGUCUUCUCAGUUCGAAGAGUACUGUUUUCGAACUGACUCUGAACAUGACAAACAACGUGAAGUACAGUUCGUCGACGUCGGUUGUGGAUAUGGUGGUCUUUUGGUGUCGCUUUCUACACUCUUUCCCGAAACACUGAUGGUAGGUUUGGAAAUACGCGUUAAGGUGAGCAAGUACGUCAUGGAGCGGAUUCGGGCUUUGCGCAGCCAGCACCCCGGUCAGUAUGGUAACAUCACCUGCCUGCGAACCAAUGCCAUGAAAUACUUGCCGAACUACUUCAAAAAAAACCAGCUUACAAAGAUGUUCUUCCUUUACCCUGACCCUCAUUUCAAGAAGGCGAAGCACAAAUGGCGGAUUAUCAGCAACAACCUGUUGGACGAAUACGCAUACUUCUUGGGGUCCGGGGGGGUCGUUUACACCAUUACCGAUGUAAAGGAGGUUUUCGAAUGGAACGUCAAUCAUUUCUCCGCGCAUCCGAUGUUUGAACGGGUAUCUGACGCAGAAUUGUCCCAAGAUCCUGUAUUUCCGCUGUUGUUCGAGAGCACAGAAGAAGGUGCUAAGGUGACACGCAACAAAGGAAGCAAAUUCCAUGCCGUGUUUCGCAAGCGUAUGACUUUGAACCUUGAUACCUAA